UGUUUGAUAUCUCUGGACUUUUUUUCCUCACCUAAGUGAAUGAAUGGACUGUUGUACGGAGGUAAGAUGAUCAGAAUAUAUAUGCUUCAAUUUCUCUGUGUGUGCCAAACAGCAGUAAGUACCCAUUUUCAACUACUGUGAUUAUCCACUCUUUCUGUAAUAGAAAUAAUGCUGUUGGACCUUUUUUAUUUUUUUCAGACAAUUUAAUUGUCUCUUGGAAACAUCCUCUGCUGGACUAAUUCCAUGGAAAAAAUAAACAAUGUAACCAAGUUCAUUUUCUUGGGCCUUUCUCAGAACCCAGAGGUGGAAGAAGUUUGUUUCGUGGUGUUUUCUUUCUUCUACAUGGUUAUUCUUCUGGGAAACUUUCUCAUCAUGCUGACAGUGUGUGUGGGCAACCUCUUUAAGUCUCCUAUGUAUUUCUUUCUCAACUAUUUGUCUUUUGUGGACAUCUGUUACUCCUCGGUUACAGCUCCCAAAAUGAUUGUUGACCUAUUAGCCAAAAGUAAAACUAUCUCCUAUGUGGGGUGCAUGUUGCAACUCUUUGGGGUACAUUUCUUUGGUUGCACUGAGAUCUUCAUCCUUACCAUAAUGGCCUAUGAUCGAUAUGUGGCCAUCUGUAAACCUCUACAUUAUAUGACUAUCAUGGACCGGGACAAAUGUAAUAAAAUGUUGCUGGGGACCUGGGUAGGUGGGUUCUUACAUUCCAUUAUCCAGGUGGCUUUGGUGGCCCAGCUACCCUUUUGUGGACCCAACGAGAUUGAUCACUACUUUUGCGAUGUCCACCCUGUGCUGAAACUGGCCUGCACAGACACAUAUGUUGUUGGUGGUGUUGUGACAGCCAACAGUGCAACCAUUGCUCUGGGGAGCUUUGUUAUCUUGUUAAUCUCCUACACUGUCAUCCUGGUGUCCCUGAGAAAGCAGUCAGCAGAAGGCAGGUGCAAAGCUCUCUCCACUUGUGGCUCCCACAUUGCUGUGGUUGUCAUCUUUUUUGGCCCAUGUACUUUCAUGUACAUGCGCCCUGAUACUACCUUUUCUGAGGAUAAGAUGGUGGCUGUAUUUUACACCAUUGUCACCCCCAUGUUAAACCCCCUGAUUUAUACACUGAGAAAUGCAGAAGUAAAAAAUGCAAUGAAGAAACUGUGGGGUAGGAAGGUUUUCUGGGAGGGUGAUGGCAAGUAGUUUGAAGUUUUGAUACUUUAAGCUGGAUGAUUUAAAUAGAAAUAAUGGUUAAUAGAAAUCUUGGUUAAUGCAUCUGUGCAACAAAAUCAAUAAUACCGACCUGGUGGAGCAGUGGUUAAUAGCUACAGCUGGUAACUAAAUGAUUGGCAGCUCAAAUGCACUAGCCGCUCCUUGGAAAACCUAUGGAGCAGUUCUACCCUGUCCUAUAGGGUCGCUAUAAGUCGAAAUCUACUCGACGGCAAUGAGAAUGUUUGGUUUGGUUUGCAGGGUUGUUGGGAGAAGCAAAUGUCACACUGGCUUAUUUUACUGAAGUAGGUAUUAUUUAUCAUUAUCAUUACAUUUAUUCCAAUAUUUCAUAAUCAGAUAACUUAUGAAAAUACCUAAACCAGAGAAGUGUUAUUAAACUCCGAAUAUCGUCAUGAUCUUACUCAGUAUCAUUGUUUUCUCCUCCACGUUCUUGCCUAUUUUCCUUAAAGAGCAAAAGUCUGUUUAGUGUUUAGAACAGUGACUUGUACAUAUUAAGCACUCAAUAUGCAUACGUUGUAUGAAAAACAGCGUAAGAAA